UUAAUGUCGGUUAUUAAUGACGUGUGUCAUGGCAGUGUAGUGUUCGAUGUUUUUCACGUAGCAGUUGACAUAUACUUGCAUUAGGCAAAUAGAUAGUAACAACGAACAUUAGCAAUAUAAUGGCGAAAACAAUUUUGCCGUGGCUAUUGUUUACGAUAUCUACCAUUCAUUGUGCAUGGGCUUUCUACUUGCCGGGCUUAGCACCUGUGAAUUUCUGCAAGGCCGGAGAAACGACGGAAACGUGCAAAUCUGAAAUUAAAUUGUAUGUGAACCGUUUGAACACUGAGAAGUAUGUAAUACCAUACGAAUACCAUCAUUUUGAUUUUUGCCCUACCGAUGAAAGUCAAAGUCCUGUUGAGAAUUUGGGACAGGUUGUUUUUGGAGAACGUAUAAGACCUUCUCCGUAUAAGUUAGAGUUCUUGAAAGACGUGAAAUGUGGCAUUGCAUGUACAAGAACUUACAAAGGUGGAGACAAAGAAUCAGAAAAAAAAUUGGAAUUUUUGAAGAAAGGAAUGGCACUUAACUAUCAGCAUCACUGGAUAGUGGAUAAUAUGCCAGUCACUUGGUGUUAUCAAUUGGAAGAUGAACGACAAUAUUGUAGCACUGGAUUUCCUAUGGGUUGUUUCUCUCGAGAAUUAAAAUCUCAACAAGAUACUUGUAGCAUUAGUGGCGCGUAUAACAAACCGAAAACUUAUUACCUGUUUAAUCAUGUAGACCUUACAAUUACGUAUCAUAGUGGAGCAGACGAAGAGUGGGGAUCUUCAUUUAAAGAGAAUGGCGGACGCAUAAUAUCUGUUAAAGUGGUUCCUCGCAGUAUUAACCACAAUAGUAAUAAUCCUAAUUGUGAAAGUAAGAUACCAUUAGAAAUAUCACGUGAUCCACUUCCAGUUGGCAAGGAAUUAUCUAUCACUUAUACGUAUUCUGUAACAUUUAUGGAAAAUAAUACAAUCAAAUGGUCAUCUAGAUGGGAUUAUAUUUUAGAAUCUAUGCCACAUACGAAUAUCCAGUGGUUCAGUAUUCUUAAUUCAUUAAUAAUUAUCUUAUUUCUUUCUGGUAUGGUGGCCAUGAUAAUGCUUCGAACAUUGCACAAAGAUAUUGCUCGAUACAAUCAGGCUUGCUUCCAGAUAGAGUCAGGAGAAGACGCACAGGAAGAGUUUGGCUGGAAAUUGGUCCAUGGUGAUGUAUUCCGACCUCCUCGCAAAGGAAUGUUACUCUCGGUUUUACUUGGGUCUGGUGUCCAAGUCUUCUACAUGACACUUGUAACGCUUGCAUUUGCUUGCUUGGGAUUCUUGUCUCCUGCUAACAGAGGCGCUUUAAUGACCUGCGCCAUGGUUCUAUAUGUUUGCCUUGGGACCAUUGCUGGCUAUGUAUCUGCUAGGAUAUACAAAAGUUUCGGUGGUGAGAAAUGGAAGUCCAAUGUACUCCUUACAUCUAUGCUGAGUCCUGGAAUCGUAUUCAGUUUGUUCUUCAUAAUGAACUUGGUAUUCUGGGCAAAUGGAAGUUCAGCUGCAGUACCAUUCAGCACCCUUGUUGCUCUUUUAGCACUUUGGUUUGGAGUAUCUCUUCCAUUAACAUUUAUUGGUGCUUAUUUCGGGUUCAGAAAAAGGCCUUUGGAGCAUCCUGUUAGAACCAAUCAAAUUCCUAGGCAAAUACCAGAACAAAAUUUUUAUACGCAACCAAUACCUGGUGUAAUAAUGGGUGGAGUUCUGCCAUUUGGAUGUAUAUUUAUACAGUUAUUCUUCAUACUUAAUUCUCUGUGGUCGAGUCAAGUAUAUUAUAUGUUUGGAUUUCUUUUCUUGGUGUUUCUCAUUCUCGUUAUCACAUGUUCGGAGACGACGAUUUUACUUUGUUAUUUCCACCUUUGUGCAGAGGAUUAUCAUUGGUGGUGGCGCAGUUUCCGAACAUCUGGUUUCACCGCGUUUUAUUUAUUAAUAUACUGUAUACACUUUUUCAUAACUAAAUUGGACAUAAAAGAUGCUACGUCUACGUUCCUCUAUUUCGGUUACACUUGUAUUAUGGUUUACUUAUUCUUCCUCCUAACAGGUUCAAUCGGUUUCUUUGCCUGCUUUUGGUUUGUGCGGAAGAUCUACAGUGUCGUGAAAGUCGACUAACGUAUCAGCUUAUGAUACCCGUUGAAAUAAAAUGAAUGUGGUAUAAGUAAACAGUAACAUGGACGAUUGACGUGAAGCUAAAUUUUGUUAAAUAUGUUAAUACACAAGCUUCAAGCCCUUUUAUGCACGAGUACGUUAUUUCGAUAUGAUCUGAAAUUUCAACAUUAUGACUGAAAUUCCGUCAAUAAUUAUUGCAAAAAUAUAAAUCUAUCGAAAUACAUUUCUAUACAAUUAAAAUCCCGAUUGCUACUCACUAUUUGACGCAAUGUGCAAUAAAUUAUAAGAUAAAUUCUGACAAUAAUCGUCAACAAUUAAAAAUUAGUCCAUAACAAAUUAACGACAAUUUUACAAUAUUGAAAUUGUAAAGCGACCAAUGCUUAGUAAUUGUGUAUGUUACGUAUUGCAACAAAUUAUAAGCAAGUCUAGUCAUAGCAAAAAAUUAACAACGAAUUGGCAGGUAUUUGGACUAGUGCGCAGUUAUUGCGCAAGAUUUCGAAACGUAUAUUUACCAACGUGAUGCGAUGAAUUUGCUAUUUUUUUCGAUUCUUCUAAACGCGUGCAUAAAAGGGGGCUCAAAUCAGGCCAUUAAUCAUUUGCUUUGUUACCUGAAAAUACACAAAUGUUCGUACUUGGUUAACAUACGAAUCGAUCAAUACAGUCACUGUUAUAUAUUCCUUAGUAUUUCAUCCUUUUGAUAAUGUGGUAGAUGUAUCAAAGCUAUGAAGGUACGUGUAUACAUGUUACAAACAAAUUAUGCAAUCCAGACGUAAUGUCUAAUUAUUAGAGAUACUGGUUACCAGAAUAAACAUAUAAGUAUAAAUAUCAGUUUACAAUGUAAAUAAGAAAACACUUUAUCCUAUAUUUAAAUCAAUUAUUUUACGAAUUUUCUGGAUUAUAGAUUUUACUUGUAACUUAUAUACACAUUUUUUACCAUAUUUGUAAGAUCGAUACCUUUGUGGUCUUAUGUUCUAGCAUUAUAUUGUAAACCGAAUGUGUCGUUAACGCAUUGCUAACCGCCCGAGUUGUCUGCCUAGAACGCCAUGUUUCGUAAAUUAUUCAAGAACCCCCGCGCAGUAACAUAACGUAAUCUAUAACUACAUUAGUAUGAGUAUUAAUAACAUAAAAUUUGAAAAUAAAAUCAUCUUUUUGCAUAAUACUCCCUUCUAGACCUCAGAAUAUUUCUUGAAAUUUUAUAUUAUAUAUAUUUUCUGCCGACUAUACAGCAAUUCUGUAUUGACUUAAUGUUUAAUAAGAUUAUUCAUGAAUAAUUUUAUUAAUGUCGCUAAACAUUAUAAAUUAUUGUACUCGAUUGAGCUUGUGAAAAAGACUGUAGAAUUCUGUACACUAGCGAUGCAUGCGACUUUAACCUCUUCAGGGACGAAUUUCUUGCAGUGAAAAAAAAAUUAAUUUAGUUUCUUACUUGUCCACAUUUUAUUCAUUUUAUAUUGAUAGCAAUCCAGUAAGUAAACAAAGUUGGGAAAGCAAUAAAUAUACUCCAAAAAAAUAAUGUUUCAGCAAUGUGACUGUUGAGCGUUAUUAGUAAAUAAUGAAUGAAGAUGUUUCAUACAUUCAGGGCAUACCGGUUCUUUACAUUUUACGAAAAUAUAAUGGGACCGUAACUUGGUACCAAUACAAUACAAAAAUUAUUUAUUAUCUACAAUAGACUUAAAGUUUACAAUCAAGCGCACACGAUUAUGAGAAAAGUGCUAGUCAAGACGAUAAUUAAACAUAUGUGUACGUUUAUAAUUACUUAUAAAAUAUAACUAGUAAUACAAAAUACAUUUUAUAAUUGAAUAAAAUGUCAUUACCGCAGCUAAACGAGUAUUUUUUUGUUAUUAUUGAAAGAUUUUACAGAAAAUAGCUAUCAACAGAUUUCAAAUUUGCGUUCAUUUAGAAUAAUUUUAAUUUAAAAAGAACUAAACGUACACAUACAUACCAGUGUCCCCGAAGAGGUUUUUAAUUUUAGAUUGUGUACAGUUAUUAUAAACAUACGUAUAUUGUAUGGCUAUAAGAGGAUAAUACGGCGUGGCGUGCAAAGGUAGAUCUAUCCAUUCGGUUGUUUAUCUAUGCGCCGUAGAACGGGUGGAUCCACCCGAGCGGUUGGCAUUAUUUCAAAUAUUUUGAACGAUGACUUACGAAUAUCACAAUUAUAACAACGAUUUAAAAAGAUUAAUUUUGUUGGAUCUUUGAUACAGUCUGAGCAAUAAUUAUUUUGUUUAGGUUCUAUUUAACAGAUACCAAAAAAGUAUUUUUUUUUCGUGAUAAAAAGGUAUUUGACGACGUUGUAUAUUAUUAUGACACCAAGUUUCUGCUUGAAAUAUGAAAAAUCAUUUUUCGUAAAUACUACCAAUAAGUUUAGUUUAAUCGUAGAUAUAGAGUGUACAAACUGGUAAUUAAUUUGAACGCCGAAUUUGGAAUUUUUUGUUGUCUUUUUAUUCUUGUCUAUUAAUAGUAUUUGUGACUGUGAAAUAUUUUUAAUUAAUAGCUGACAUGCACACAUCAUGUAAUUCGUUAAUUUUGUAAAUUAAAGCAAUUACAACGUUAGCGUUAAUAAUGUUAAUAUAAAUAAAGAUCGAAUAAGUGUA